GUUUUAUACGCGCGAAACUGAUUUUGGACGUCGGUCUCGAAGAAGCUCGGAGAUCCCUACUUCCCAAGUCCGCUCUCUUUUCCCCCCCCCUGCCUGCCUCCGACGGCGGUCUUGCAUCCACGGCGAGCGCAUCCCUUGGAAUUCCCGUCAUCUUUCUUGUACGGGCCAUUUUUCUUGACGUUUUCCCUGUCGGGUGUCUUCAUGUUUCUUUAUUCGCAUGAUAUUGAAUUGGUUCAGUCCAGGAAGAGCUGAAUUUCUUGAUGAAUGCUCAUCCAAUUGUACCACACAUUCAAAUAUAAGAAAUGGGAGACGAUGCCCAUUUACGGACGUGGGUUUCUGAGAAGCUGUUCUCACUCUUGGGCUACUCGCAGCCAGCAGUGGUCACCUUUGUUAUUGGACUUUCAAAAAAAUCUGCUUCACCAACUGAUGUGGUUCAGAAACUCAUUGAGAAUGGCUUCUCAUCGUCAACAGAGACAAAAAAUUUUGCUGAAGAGAUCUAUUCUAAAGUUCCACAUAAGGCUGCUGGUUUAAAUAGUUACCAAAAAGCAGAGAAAGAAGCUGCACUAUUUGCUAGGAGGCAAAUUGAAUACACUCUUCUAGAUGCUGAUGAUGAAGAAGAUCAAGUAUCUACAGUUUCAGAUAUUCCAUCCAAGGGUCCUGGUGCUCGAUCUAAGCAUAUUAGGAAAAAGAGGCGGAAGCAUGAUGAGGAAGAAGAAGACGAUCGUGAAGAGGUGAAUGUGCCAGCAGUUAGCAGAAAAGAAGAUCGAUACUCUGAUGAUGAUGAUGAUGAUGAAAGAGAGCUAGAGGAAGUUAGACUACGUGAUCAGCAGGAGCGAAUGGAAUUGGAAAAAAGGCUCAGAGAAAAGGAUGCAGCUGCAACACGGAAGUUUAUGGAGCCAACUCUAACCCGGAAAGAGGAAGAGGAAGCAAUUCGGAGAUCAAAAGCCCUAGAGGAUAAUGAUAUUUCAAACUUAAGAAAAGUUUCAAGGCAAGAAUAUCUAAAGAAAAGAGAGCUGAAAAAAUUAGAUGAGCUUAGAGAUGAUAUUGAAGAUGAAGCAUAUCUUUUUGAAGGCGUACAUGUGACAGAAAAGGAGCGUGAAGAAAUGAGGUAUAAGAAAGAAAUAUAUGGACUUGCAAAGAAACGAGUUGAAGAGGUGGACGAGAUCAUGGAGUACAAGAUGCCAGAAGCAUAUGAUGUUGAUGGUGGUGUAAAUCAAGAGAAAAGAUUCUCCGUCGCAAUGCAGCGUUACAGGGAUAAUGUUGGUGAGAAGAUGAACCCAUUUGCAGAACAGGAAGCAUGGGAAGAGCAUCAAAUAGGAAAAGCAACCCUAAAGUUUGGAGCGCUAGACCGGACGAAACAAACAGAUGACUAUGAGUAUGUCUUUGAGGAUCAGAUUGAGUUCAUCAAGGCAUCUGUCAUGGAUGGAGUGAAGUAUGAAGAUGAAUUACCUAUGGAGGUUGAGGAUUCAGUUGCCAAAACUUUGCUACAAAAACUGCAGAAUGACAGGAAAACCUUGCCCAUCUAUCCUUAUCGGGAGGAGUUACUUCAGGCUGUUGAAGAUCAUCAGGUUCUUGUAAUUGUUGGUGAGACAGGCUCAGGGAAGACUACUCAGAUUCCUCAAUACCUUCAUGAAGCUGGUUACACAAAAAAGGGAAAGGUUGGUUGCACGCAGCCACGCCGUGUUGCAGCAAUGAGUGUGGCCGCACGAGUUGCCCAGGAGAUGGGGGUCAAGCUUGGGCAUGAGGUUGGAUAUUCAAUUCGUUUUGAAGAUUGUACUUCAGAUCGUACACUUUUGAAGUAUAUGACAGAUGGGAUGCUGCUCAGGGAGCUUCUAGGUGAACCUGAUCUAUCAAGCUACAGUGUCAUCAUGGUGGAUGAGGCUCAUGAGAGAACCCUGUCAACAGAUAUUUUGUUUGGUUUAGUCAAGGAUAUAUCACGUUUCCGGCCUGAUUUAAAGCUUCUUAUAUCGAGUGCAACCCUUGAUGCCGAGAAGUUCAGUGAUUAUUUUGAUUCUGCUCCUAUUUUCAAAAUACCAGGAAGACGUUUCCCGGUUGAUAUUCAUUAUACAAAAGCUCCAGAAGCAGAUUAUUUGGAUGCUGCUAUUGUUACUGUGUUGCAGAUCCACGUGACACAGCCAGCAGGUGAUAUUCUUGUUUUCCUUACGGGACAAGAAGAAAUAGAAACAGCAGAAGAGAUUCUGAAACACAGAACAAGGGGCUUGGGAACAAGAAUUGCGGAGCUCAUCAUAUGCCCGAUUUAUGCCAACCUUCCAACAGAUCUUCAAGCUAAGAUAUUUGAACCAACUCCUGAAGGUGCUCGAAAAGUUGUCUUGGCAACAAAUAUUGCAGAGACAUCACUUACAAUUGAUGGAAUAAAAUAUGUUAUUGAUCCUGGAUUUUGUAAAUUGAAUUCUUAUAAUCCAAGAACAGGUAUGGAGUCAUUGCUGAUUACUCCUAUCUCUAAAGCAUCUGCUUUGCAGAGGGCUGGUAGGUCUGGGCGUACUGGCCCUGGGAAAUGCUUUCGUCUGUACACUGCAUAUAACUAUCACCAAGAUUUGGAAGACAACACGGUUCCUGAGAUACAGAGAACUAAUCUUGCAAAUGUUGCACUAAUGCUCAAAACAAUGGGCAUCAAUGACCUAGUUAAUUUUGAUUUUAUGGAUCCCCCUCCUUCCGAGGCAUUACUUAAGGCACUUGAGCAACUUUAUGCUCUUGGUGCACUCAAUAACAAAGGGGAGCUGACAAAGACAGGAAGGAGGAUGGCAGAGUUUCCUCUUGAUCCCAUGCUCUCCAAGAUGAUCGUUGCUUCUGAUAAAUACAAGUGUUCUGAAGAGAUCAUUUCAAUAGCUGCAAUGCUUUCUGUUGGCAACUCCAUCUUUUACCGUCCAAAGGAUAAGCAAGUGCAUGCUGAUAAUGCAAGAAUGAACUUCCAUAUGGGCAAUGUUGGUGACCAUAUUGCCUUGCUAAAGGUUUAUGAUUCGUGGAAAGAAACAAACUUUUCUACUCAAUGGUGUUACGAAAAUUAUAUUCAGGUGAGGAGUAUGAAACGUGCUAGAGAUAUUCGAGAUCAGUUGCAAGGACUGUUAGAGAGGGUGGAGAUUGAACUUACCUCUAACCCAAAUGAUCUUGACUCUAUAAAGAAGGCCAUAACAUCAGGUUUUUUUCACAACUCAGCAAAACUGCAAAAGACUGGGGCAUAUCGUACUGUAAAAAACCCGCAAACUGUACAUAUACAUCCAACCUCUGGUCUAGCACAGGUUCUUCCUAGAUGGGUAAUUUACCACGAAUUGGUGCUAACAACGAAAGAGUUCAUGCGCCAGGUUACAGAGCUGAAACCUGAAUGGCUGGUUGAAAUAGCUCCACACUACUACCAAUUAAAAGAUGUUGAGGAUUCCGGGACACAAAAAUUGCCACGUGGGCAAGGUCGUGCAGCUCCAGACGCAUAGUUUAUCCUCGGUGUACGAAUCUCAUUGCCUAAGCUUUGUUUUGUGCUGGCAACAAUGAUGUCCUUGCCUUGGAGAGUUCCUAUAGAUCGGAGACGGAGAUAAAAAAGCUUUAAAAUGCUGAAGGUGAGGGCAUUCAUUCUUCGGUGUUUUACUAAAAGCGGGGGGUUUUCCUGAUGUACAAAUUUGAGACGUAACCCAAUAAAAUGAAGAAAAAGGUAGAAAUAGUGGCCGAUUAAUCAAUUCAUAUUUUGUAGAAAGCUGUGGUGCUGUAUAUGUAACAAUUAACUUCUACUGGUGCUGUAUAUGUAACAAUUAACUUCUACCGGCGCUGUGCAGCUGCUUGUAUGCUUAUGAUUCAUUUUCCUUGUAUCAAUACAUCAAAUGUCUCCUUUUAGAGGUUACACUUGGUCUAGUUCGUUCCUGAUGCUCCUCGUGCUCCUUAAUCUGUAUGGCUAAUCUGCAACAUUGGUUCGUCAUCUUGGAGACCAGUCAAAUGUAUAAAGGGUUCAAGUUUAUCUUCUCU